UAUAGGUCAGCUCUGGACCUACACAAGGAUUUAACUAAACAGAAUCAGAUGAACCAACACUAGUCAGUAAUACCAGCACUCUAAACCUAUAGCUGCCGAUUGCUUCUGAUACUUAGACAGUCUCUAGGUCCUGACCAGAGGACUGAAGGACCUCAGUAUUCCUUUUCUGUAGUGUUUGACCUGUAUAAGCCAGUAGGUGUGAGGACCCUGUAUUUACAGCCAGUCUGAUGGAGAACGAUGCCUAUGACAGGAUCGGGGACGAACCCCCCAUCUAUGAGGAGACGUCUUUCUCCGGUGGUACCACCUCUAACGGUAACGGCUAUGGUAACGGAGAGCACCGGGCCGCCCGUCCGUCCGUGGUCAGUGCGUUUGGUCAUGACACGCUGGACCGCGUGCCCAACAUCGACUUCUACCGUAACGCUGGGAGCGUGAGCGGUCACCGUGCGGUCCGACCGUCUCUGCAGGAGCUCCACGAUGUCUUCCAGAAGAAAGGAAGGAUCUCGGUGACGAACACGAUGGAGGACGGCGAGGGGAGCGACGGGACGCCGUCGGACGACGUGGAGUCUGUCAUUCCUCUGGACAACAAAGGAGGAGCCGUGAGGUUCGGCUGGAUAAAGGGAGUCCUGGUGAGAUGUAUGUUGAACAUCUGGGGUGUGAUGCUGUUCAUCCGUCUGUCCUGGGUGUUUGGACAGGCCGGCUGGGGUCUGGGCAUUGUGGUCAUUGCUCUGAGCUGUGUGGUGACCACCGUCACAGGUCUCUCUAUGUCUGCUAUCUGCACCAAUGGAGUGGUACGAGGAGGAGGGGCAUACUACCUGAUAUCCCGUAGUCUGGGACCAGAAUUUGGCGGUUCCAUCGGUCUCAUCUUCGCCUUCGCUAACGCUGUUGCUGUGGCGAUGUACGUGGUGGGCUUCGCAGAGACUGUGGUGGACCUACUCAAGGAGAACGAUGCCAUCAUGAUAGAUGAGCUGAAUGACAUCAGGAUCAUCGGCUGUAUCUCGGUGGUACUGCUACUGGGGAUCUCAGUGGCCGGGAUGGAGUGGGAGGCCAAGGCCCAGGUCGGUUUGCUGAUCAUCCUCCUGAUAGCCAUCGCCAACGUCUUCGUAGGAACCGUCAUCCCAGCCUCCACCGACAAGAAGUCCAAAGGAUUCUUUAACUAUGACGUCAAAGUAUUUAUGGAGAACUUACCGCCGGACUUCCGAGACGAAGAGACGUUCUUCUCUGUGUUCGCCAUCUUCUUCCCUGCUGCCACGGGUAUCCUGGCUGGCGCUAACAUCUCUGGAGACCUGAAGGAUCCCCAGGCUGCUCUCCCUAAAGGAACCCUGCUGGCCAUCCUCAUCACUGGAGUCACAUACCUGGGAGUCGCCCUCUGUGUCUCUGCAACGGUGGUGCGUGAUGCAACAGGAAACAUCAACAACACCAUUGCCGCAGGGAUGGACAUGCUAUGUAACGGUACCAACGCCGCCGCCUGUGAGCAGGGAUGGGACUUCUCCUCCUGUGAUGUCAACAGCUGCAAGUUUGGCUCCAUGAACAACUUCCAGGUGAUGACCAUGGUGUCAGGGUUCGGUCCUCUCAUCACAGCAGGAACCUUCUCUGCCACCCUCUCCUCCGCCCUCGCCUCCCUCGUCAGCGCACCCAAAGUCUUCCAGGCUCUGUGUAAAGACAACAUCUACGCGGCAUUGAAGUUCUUCGCCAAGGGACACGGCAAGAACAACGAGCCAAUCAGAGGCUACGUUCUCACCUUCAUCAUCGCUGUCGCCUUCAUAAUCAUCGGCGAUCUGAAUGUCAUCGCUCCCAUCAUCUCAAACUUCUUUCUGGCAUCGUACGCCCUCAUUAACUUCUCCUGCUUCCACGCUUCAUAUGCUAAGUCCCCAGGCUGGAGGCCAGCAUACAGGUACUACAACAUGUGGCUGUCUCUGUUUGGAGCGGUGCUCUGCUGUGGUGUGAUGUUUGUCAUCAACUGGUGGGCUGCUCUCCUCACCUACGCAAUCGAGAUCUUCCUCUAUAUCUACGUCACCGUCAAGAAGCCAAGGUAA